CACAACGACAGGCACAGAGCUACUAUCUUCCGAGAUAUCGUACAGCCACUGCAUUUCAAUCUAGUUGCUUGGGCGUCAGCCCGGGCGUCCAAUCACAACAACCCAUACCAGCGGCUAGCCAUGAUGCUCAGCCUUGCGCGCGGCGAUCGAACUUCAACGCCUCCUACACAUGUAUAGGUACAUGUGUACUUAUAGUCCUGCAGUCAGGUUGCACGCCAACCUCUAAACACCAUACGACACUACAAGCUCAUCGACGCAACAACCCCGCGUCUUAUCUCUUUGUUCGAAGACGUCACUCGCAAUGGAUAUCGCAGGUCUCGAGUCUCUCGCCGGCGGCCGCACAGGCGGGCAUCCGUACAGCGGUCCAGAUGGGGAGGCGCGGUUCGCCAAGAUGAAAGCGAAUGUCGUGCGAGAGUGGGAGGAGGAGCAGAGGAAGAAGAAAGCGGAAGAGGCGGCGGCGUUGGAAAAGGAGAGGGUUCGGAAAGAGUCUGGGGUUUCUGAGGUGGAAGAGAAGAAGAGCAAGGUAGGGAGGCUAAAGACAAAGCUAUUCGGACAGUGAGCGAGUGUGAGGAGUUCGAGGUGCGGCUACCUUUUGUCACUGUCUCUGCAUUUCGGUAGGUGUGCAAGGUGGAUCUGCUUGCAUCCAAUCUCCUCCUUUUAUUACAGUGUUUUCCUCUCCAUACGAUCGAUAUUUUUGGCUGGCCUCAAGCUCAAAUUUCCUCAGUACCCGAAAAACGUACUAGAUACUUUGUCGAUGAGUAUCGCGUGGGAUUUCGGAGAGUGAUCAAACUUUUCAUCAAUGGUAUUGACAUUAAGC